CAACGUUGAUCCUGAUGCACAUACGGUAAACAAGGAAAGAGAUGAGGACACAGAAUUGUUAAGUCAACAUGGAAAUGUACAAGUCACUGAAUCACAUGUCGAAUCAGAACAUGUAGAGUUUUCUACCACACCAGAUAUUACCACUGAAAAAAGCAGCCUUGGUGAAGACACAGGAUUUGUACACGUUUUACACAAUGUUCAGAAAGCAGCAUUUUCAUCAUCAAAUGGGAAGUCUACAAAUGAGGAACAAAGUGAGCAAGUCAGAGGUACCCAGCAUUCAGUGGACACUGUAAAUAAGGUGCAUGAACAGGACGUCAAGGCUACACAAACGCAUAAAAUGGAUGAAUCUUCUGUACAAUCAGGAAUACAAUCUCCUUUGGACUCCCAACCUCAGGAUGAUUCUGUGAGUAUCAAAGCACAAACUCACACAGUCUUCAAUCCCACAGUUAACAGAAGAAAAAUGGGGUCAAGUCGAAGACAUAAAGGAAGACAGUUUGUCAAGGACUCUGUUGCUGUAACAGACAUGGACCCUAAAUAUGAAGCAAUAGAAAAUACCUUGGAGGAACAAGCAUUUGAAACAAUGAAAAUGUCAUCAGCAUCAGAGACAAAGCAGGAAGAAUUCAAAGAGCAAACCGAUCUAGGCCUCGAACCCACUCAGGUAAGAAUUUACUCAACUGUGAAUAAAGAAGACAACACCGAAAAUAAGCAGGAGCAAGACACGAUUUUGUCAGAGAAUGUUGUGGACAAGAGUGCAAUAGUGACAGAAGACAAAGAUGACUCUGUCAAAUCAAAUAAGGAAGUCAGUGAGAAAGAGACAAAACUGAUAGAAGGGCCAACAAUUAAAAUGGACUCAAUGAGCUCAAUAAAUGUACAUAUUUCUGGACAAGAUGAAGUUGGAGGAAAAUGUGAAGACCACACAGCCCAAGAGAUAAAUGUUUCACAUGAGGUCUCACAUGCAGAACUUUUAUCUGCUGACACAUUGUCUACAUUGCACAUUGGUCAUGAGGGAGCAGAGCAAGCUGUGGACGUAUCUGAGAAUAGUGGAAUGUCUAAUGCAGAUGAUGCACAUCAGAGGCAACAAGGUACACAAGAUACUUCUGAUUACAGUGAAAACUUGCAAAUAAAAUCCAAACAGAGGAGAAGAAAGUUGGGCUCUACUCGUAGGGAUCUCAUCAGGAAACAAGAGGGAGAAACAACAAAUCUUGACACGGUGCAAGAGGUGGCAAAGGUACAAUUGAUAGUAACAACACAUGUAUCACAAAAUGAAAAUGCAAAAAUACCAUUGAGUACUGUGCAUAAAGAGCAACAGGAAAUGAAUGAAGCCAGUGCUGUUCAAGACAAGCAGGGAACCGUACAUAGCAGUACCUAUGACCUGCAAAGUACAGAGAGCAAUAGGAAAUCAGGCAUAGGGGAUUUUAUGGCUUUCCUUCCUGAACAAUCUGCCUCCUUCAGUGAGGAAGUAGUUAAUGCUAUUAAGUAUUUCCAGGUGCCUGAUACAGGGGACAGAUAUGUGGUGGAUGAUGUUACAAGAUUUGGCCAAGAUACUAAUGAAAAGGAGGAUUUGGUACAGACAACAGAAGCAUCUGGUAUGGCUGUGGCAGAUUUGGAAAUAGGGAAAUCUGUAAUCAGAGGAGGAGCUGAAGAAGAGCCUAAGAAUGCCCAGGCUGAUGUACAAGAGCCAAAAGAUGUGAAUGAGGGAGCUCACAUUACAAACUUUGAGAUGAAGUAUGCAAGUCCAAAUUUAAAUCCAACAAACAGGAGAAGAAAGUUGGGGUCCACACGCAGGAAUCUAGUAACCCAAAGGGAGGAAGUACAUCAAAAGCAGAAGGCGGAUGAUGAGACAACAGAAACAAACAUAGGAGAUGUAAUGAGUGAAGGUGUCUCUGGCAUUAAAGAGAAAGAGCUACAGCUUCAGAAAGAACACAAAGACAGUGACUCUGAACCAGGGAAAGAAGCAGUGGAGCCCAGCCACGCUGGUGAUUCUUACACAAAACCUCCAGGUCACCAGGAAGUUGAAGAAAAUCCUGCUGUCUCAGGCCAACUGGAAGAAACAGAACAUCAUCUGACUCUAGAUGACAUCCCUUCAAAACUAGCCUCCUCUCCUAAACAUGAUGCAACAUCAGAAUCAGCAUAUGGAGGGAGAAGAAAAAAAUUGGGAUCUAAACGGACGUCACAUGGACACAAAACUGCCAGAGAGGACAGAAUAAUAGAAACUAGAGAUGUCGAAAUAAUCACAGAAGAAAGUGGCAUCAAGAUCUUGGAAGAGCACAGAGAAGAAUCGGGUCUGGACAAAAAGUCAGAGUUUAUUGAAAGUGACAAGACACCAUCAUCCAACGUCAGCAUCUCAGAGACAGGAGGGCACUCAAGGACUGAGAGUGAGAAGACUUCAAUCCGUCUGGGUCAAGAGAGUCAAAGCAGUCUUUCUUUAGGUGACUCCAGAGGAGCAGGCCGUUACAAUGUGGUCAUGAUUGGAGACAGCAAUGUGGGCAAGACCUCCUUCAUGAAAAGAGCUCAAAGCGGGAAGUUUUCUUUUGAUAUACCCGCCUCUGUUGGUCUUGAUUCAUGCUUGUGGACUGUGGUUGUAGACGGAAAGCCUGUGAUGCUUCAGCUGUGGGAUACAGCUGGUCAAGAGAGGUUUCACAGCAUCACCAAACAGAUAUUCCAUAAAGCCCAGGCCUUUCUCUUGAUGUAUGACAUGACCUCCCCUCAGAGCUUCUCUGCAGUCCGAUACUGGGUGGGCUGUAUUCAGAACGGGGCUAUGGAAGACGUCACCAUUUUACUUCUUGGCAAUAAGAGUGAUCAUGCAGAAUGUAAGGUUACAACUCAUGAAGGGGAAAUUCUCGCUAAGGAGUACAACUGUGACUUCAUGGAGUGUAGCGCUGCCACGGGUGAAAAUGUGGUUCAGUCUUUGGAAAUUGUGGCCAGGCUGUUGAGUCAAAAGGUUGACACAAGAAAGGAAGCAGUGGUUUUACAAAAAGAGCCUCCAAAGAAGAAAACAUCAGGAUGUUGCUGAACAGAUGUGAAGUGGUGAAAUCCUGCACACAGUGGACAUGUUGUACUGGCUCUUAUGUAAUGUAGUAUGAAAAGUAAUGUUUUUUUUUCUGUAUUGUAAAAUGCUUUAGAUCAUUUUGCACUGUAGGUUUAAUCUUGUUAGACAAAUCUACCCAUUCAAAUGAUCU